AAAUUCCUUGAAACCUCUCGAGAGCAAACUAGAAACUCUCCAUCCAUGUAUUCUAUAUUCUUGAAUGUAAAUGUGUGUUUUGGAAGACUCUGUAGAAGAACUCCAUUUCUAGGGCGAUAACCGAGUGCACUUGUAUGAAAAGCGGUUGCGCCUUGAUAUGACGUCGCGGGCGCGAUCUGUGUUUCGCGGCCGUAUCACCUGCACGCGACCCGAUGACGCACUUCGGCCACCUGAUGACGUCGCCGGCCACCUUGUUCCUGUUUGGCUCGCGAGCUGCUAGCCGACGCUAGCCGCCAUCAAAGCGGCGACAGAAAUGUGGGCGUCUUGUUGUCAUUGGCUGUGCUUGGACUCGGCGGAUAAUGCGGCGGAAGGGGCCGAGCCGCAUCCUCGGUCCUACGCCAACUCGGCCUUCGGCGGCCGUCCGACUCCGCCCCCCGAGCACCAACAACACGCCUGUAAAGCUUGCGGGCGCCGCCUGGACACGCCCACCACCAAGCACGUGUGCGCCGACUGCAAAGAGAACUACUGCGGCUGCUGCUCGGCUCAGACGGAGCCCAGCCCCCGCCUGUGUCACACCUGCCGGCGUUUCCACGGCAACCUGUUGCAACGCGCCGAGCUGAUGAAACUCAAAGUCAAAGAGCUGCGAGACUACCUGCACCUGCACCACGUGGCCACGCACCUCUGUCGAGAGAAGGAGGAGCUGGUGGAACUGAUCCUGAGUCAGCAGCCCUCUCCGGCCGAAGCCCCCGACGGCGACGCCUCCGAUCGGACCCCCGACGGCGACGCCUCCGAUCGGACCCCCGCCGCCGACCUCCCUGAGCCGACCCCGCCGGCCGCCACUCCCGAGGACGCCCCCCCGGAUGACGAUGCCUCGGAGCAGGACCAAGACCGGGACCCGGGUCGGGACCCCGAGGAGGACGUCGGGGAAGCGGCGGGCCGCAGGGCCUCGCUGUCGGACUUGGCCAGCGAGGACGACGUGGAGGCGCUGAGCGUGCGGCAGCUGAAGGAAAUUCUGGCCAGGAACUUUGUCAACUUCAAAGGCUGCUGCGAGAAGUGGGAGCUGAUGGAGAGAGUGGCUCGCCUCUACCGGGACCGCAAGGCCGGCCGCGAAGAGGACGGCGCUCCGCCGGGCUCCUCCGAUGGCAACCUGUGUCGCAUCUGCAUGGACGCCGCCAUCGACUGCGUGCUGCUGGAGUGCGGCCACAUGAUCACGUGCACCAAGUGCGGCAAGCGGAUGAGCGAGUGUCCCAUCUGCCGCCAAUUCGUCAUCCGAGCCGUCCACGUCUUCAGAUCCUGACGCAGGUACCGCGCACGCGCCAGCGCUCGUACUGUGGGGGGGCGGUGGAGGGGGGCUCGCGGUAAGCGCCGCGCGGCUCGCUCCGGUUGGCGCCCCGCCGGUGCGGCAAAACGCCGCCACGCCCAUCCUGGCCUCGGCAUGCUGGACAAUGUCGCGGCACUCGCUCAAAGUCUUCACCGUCAUCGCCUUGCGUGUGAUGCCGGAGCAAAGUUUGUUUUUCGCCCCGGCUUGGCCCGCGCACUGACUUUCCUUUGUGACCCGUACGCCAACGGACAGCUUUCCAAUAAAAACCUGUUUCUGACGGG